ACCAGCCCUGUGGCCUGAGUCUCUCCUCCUGAGCAAAGAGCCGCUUUUUUGGGAGUGUUUUCCUAAACACGCGGGUGAUUCUGAAUCUUUCACUCCGCUCAGUAGAACGGGGCUUCAUAAAAUGUGUGCACUGUCUCUUUAAGAUCCCUUCGCUGGUUCGCUUCGUAUUGAUCAAUCCACCAUUUUCCAGCGCACAGCACCACAACACGCAGCGGCGGCGGCGGCAGCGGCAGCGGCAGCAGCAGCAGCUAGAGAAAGCGCUACCUGGAGACGCCAGGCAGGACCGGGGGCAGUCAUGGCAGCCAACAUGUACCGGGUCGGAGAUUAUGUUUAUUUCGAAAACUCCUCCAGUAACCCACUGCUGAUCAGGAGGAUAGAGGAGCUCAACAAGACGGCAAAUGGGAACGUGGAGGCCAAAGUGGUGUGCUUCUACCGACGAAGAGAUAUCUCCACAACGCUCAUCGCCCUCGCAGACAAACAUGCACGAGAAUUGGAAGAGGAGAUGGAGAACCCUGAAAUGUUGGAUCUCUCAGAGAAACAGAAGCAUCAGCUCAGACACAGAGAGCUCUUUCUCUCCAGACAGCUUGAGUCUCUGCCCGCCACACACAUCAGGGGAAAAUGCUGUGUUACACUUCUGAAUGAGACAGAAGCCCUGAAGUCCUAUUUAGAAAGGGAGGAUGCCUUUUUUUACUCGCUGGUGUAUGAUCCUCAGCAGAAGACUCUGCUUGCUGAUAAGGGAGAGAUCAGAGUGGGGAACAAGUACCAGGCUGACAUCACUGACCUCCUCAAAGAGGGAGAAAAUGAUGGCCGGGAGCUGGAGAAACUGGAGGAGAGGGUGUGGGAUACCAGCAGCCCCCUCACUGAGAAACAGAUCAGCCAGUUCCUCGUCGUAGCUAGGUCUGUGGGUACGUUUGCACGGGCUCUAGACUGCAGUAGUUCAGUUCGGCAGCCCAGUCUGCACAUGAGCGCUGCGGCAGCCUCCAGAGAUAUCACACUGUUUCAUGCCAUGGACACAUUGCAUAAGACCGGUUAUGACAUGACACGGGCCAUCGCCGCACUGGUACCCCAGGGAGGACCGGUGCUGUGCCGGGAUGAAAUGGAGGAAUGGAGCCCUUCCGAAGCCAACAUGUUUGAGGAAGCGCUCGAGAAAUACGGCAAAGACUUCACUGACAUCCAGCAAGACUUUCUUCCUUGGAAGUCUCUGACAAGCAUCAUUGAGUAUUAUUACAUGUGGAAGACCACAGACAGAUACGUUCAGCAGAAACGUUUAAAAGCAGCAGAGGCGGAGAGCAAGUUAAAGCAGGUUUACAUCCCCAACUACAACAAGCCCAACCCUAACCAGCUGAGUGUGAACAGUGUAAAGCCCGGGCUGGUAAACGGAGCAGGGGUGGUGCCAGUAGCGCCGGGCCAGCCUGUUGUACUGGGCCGAGCGUGCGAGAGCUGUUACAGUCCACUUACUGGUGCGUUAGUAUCUUGGGAAAAACAACACCAUGAAGACAAAAGAACACUCCAGUCAAAUCUGCGAAAAGCCACCAGCUCCUAUCAGUGGUACUCAUGGGGGCCACUCAACAUGCAAUGCAGACUGUGUGCCUCCUGCUGGACUUACUGGAAAAAAUACGGGGGCCUGAAGAUGCCAACCAGGCUGGAUGGAGAGAGGCCGGGGCCCAACCGCAACAACAUGAGUCCUCAUGGUCUGCCGGUGAGACACAGUGGAAGCCCAAAGUUUGCUGUUAAGACAAGACAGGCAUUCUUCCUGCACACUUCUCAGCUGACGAGAACAGCUCGACGCAUCUGCCAGGACCUAUUGCGAUCCAGAUACUUGGCAAGACACCCCUAUAUACCUGUCAACACUGCCGCUAUCAAAGCAGAGUGUGCUGUGCUGUGGCCAGAUUUGUCCAUAAAGCCUGCCCCUCUAAAGCAGAUUGUAAGGAAGCCUUUGGAGUCGGUGGUUCGAUAUCUGGAGGCCCACCCCCGCCCUCCCAGAUCAGAUCCUCCACGAGGAGCCACCAUUUCCACUGGGAGCCUGACACCCAUCAAAUCGAUGCCCAUCCUCAACAAUGGCUCCCCAACCAUCCUGGGUAAACGCACCUACGAGCAGCACAAUGGCCUGGAUGGGUCCAAACCCAAAGUCCUGGCUCCUCAGUGGGAAAUAAUGACCAAGAGGGUGUCUGAACCAGUCCGAACUCCUUCUGGACUGCAGGAUGAGGUUCAUGAACUGGACUGACCUCUGUUCUAAUGACCGACUGCUAUACUCAGACAAGUGGAGCAGGUGACUUGAGAGAUUUUUUUCAGCUCUCAGUACUGGAUGGACCUGAGAGGAUCUGCGGUCAGCAUGCCCUGCCCAAGUGGCCCAUUUUUAUAGCUGAAGCCAUUGAAAAGACUACAAAGUCUCUAUGGGUUACAAGAGCCUGUGGCCUAAUGGGACUGACCUGAUUGAAUAGGACUGAUUAUUGUUAUCAUAUACCAUCAGCUGUUACUUCUGUCAUUUGUAAUUAUUAUUAUAAUUAUGAUUAUUAUAAUUAUUACAAUUAUUAUUACUGUUCUUUUUUUUUUUUAUCAGGUAUAACAUUUUCUUUUAAUGACAUGUUGAUAAAAAUGAAGAAUCUUGAACGUUUCUUGAAACGGCUUGCUCCCAAACCAUUAUGUAAAAUUUGGACGAAAUGUCGAUUUUGUCUCUUGGAUCGUUUUGUAUCAUGUCGUAUCCACAUGAACAUGAAGGACUAUAUGACUUCUGUUUUUCUUCAUUUGGAUGCUUGUAUUCUCCAGUUCUGUUUGUCCGUCCUGCCACAGCAGUUUAAAUUAUUCAGAAAGACAGUUUGAAUGUUCUUUUUGUACCUUUUUCACAAGUAUUACAACUAUGCUUCUAUAUGUAAUUUCUCUUUUGUGAAUAUGUAAAUGAAAACAAGAGGGAGGCGUUAUUGUACAGUGGUGCAUUUUGGGCCUUCUGUGGGUAUCAAGCUUGUUGUAAUGGAUUUGCCAUGCACAGCAUAUUCUUUGAAAACGUCUCUUUUUUUUUUUUUAAGAAAACAUCUCUAGCUCUCCUCUCCUGCAUAAAUGGAGAGUUGACUAGAGAUGAUGGGAACUCAGAAAAGGUACUACCCCAUUAAUACAAUGAUGCACCUUCUUAAGAAUAAGCCUGUAUAAGAGUGUGGUGUUUGUUAUUUCUUACAUUUGCAUCAAUAUUUUAGUUGCAGCAUUCAGAAACUGACCACUUCAGGCCUGGGAUAUGUGAUACAUCCCAGUUUACUCUGCAGUUGGCUUAUCAAAUAUUAAUAUCUUUAUGGCAAUAGAGAGCUUCUUUCUCUCAUCACACAAUGUUUUUUUAUUUAGUUUUAUACACAAAAUGGAUUUGAGUUAGCUGUAAAACAUUU